GUGGCGGUAAUGCACCUUUAAGUAGGUUUGCCAACCACCAAUAAAACUGAAGAAGAAAGAGCCACGUGUGAUGUGUUUGUGUAUCUUCAGUGUUUUUCCUCUCUUAAGUGUUGUAUUGAAUGUAAACAGAGUCUUAUCUCUCUCUCUCUCUCUCUCUCUGUGUAUUAUAGUGUUAAGAUGUUGAUGAUGAGAGAUGAGAUGGAUGUGAUGUGCUGUAAAUCAGUAGGAACUGAUCUGUCUAUGCUGGAUAUUGAGGAUUUUAUCACAGAAAUCUCUCAGCUGAAGAAAGAGGUGGCGUUACUGGAGACAAAGUUGAGGUUAAGAGGAGAUGAAGGACUGAAGAGAGAGGAUGUGGAUUGUUGUGAAUCUUCAGUGUAUUUGACUGAUGGACGUCUGGAUUCAGUGUGGAUGAGCAGAGAUCAGAGCCGCACACCACAGCCACUGCUGGACUCUAAACUCUCUGAAGAGAAAUCCAGACACACACAGAACUCAGAGCUCAGUCUCACUUUACUCGGUUAUACUGAGUCAAAGCCCACAGACACUCAGGACACUACAGUGUGUGACAGUAAACAGAGCUUACAGGAGGAUCAAACCUCCACAGAGUCUCUGGAUUUUGUCUGUAACGCUGGAGAACAUCAACAGAUCCUGCAGACCAAACUGAAGAUGUGUUCAGUUAAACUCAUCGACUGCAGGAACCUGAUGAUGAAGAUAAAAACAGAACCCACAGCAGAUGAAUAUGAAGACAAUCAUAAUGAUGGUCAGGAGUUUAUUCUCUCAGACGUGAAGAGUGAAUCAUGUUGUGAUGGAGAAAUAACGUCCUCAACAUCAGAAGAGCGACUGACAGCACAAACUCAAGAGAAGAAACUUCAUUCAGAAGAGCAAAGAGAGACGAAGAAGAAGCCAUUUAACUGUGAGCAAUGUGGGAAGGAUUUUGAUUUCUUAUUUCAGCUGAAAGGCCACAUGAAGGGACACAGUGGUGAAAAACCUUUCCACUGCAAUGAAUGUGGCAAUUACUACAGCAGCAAAAAAAGUCUUGAUGUUCAUCAGAGACUUCACAAAGAAGAGAAACUGUAUGAGUGUCCUCACUGUGAGAAGAGAUUCAACUACCAAUCCAAUCUGAAUAAACAUGUGUGUUUACACACCAAUGAGAGACCGUAUCAGUGCAGUCAAUGUGGAAAAACCUUCACGCAGUCAUGCUCUUUAAAGUCACACGAAAAAACACACUCUCAAGAGAGACUCUAUCCAUGUUCAUACUGUGAUAAAUGUUUUAGGUUUAAAUCUAAUAUGAUAGUUCAUGAGAGAGUUCACACUGGAGAGAAACCUUACAUCUGCAGUGUUUGUAAGAAGGGUUUCAAUCAGCGUCAAAGUUUAGUGAGACACCAGAAAUCUCAUACAGGUGAAAAACCUUACAAAUGCUCUCAGUGUGACAAGACGUUUACUCAAUCAAACUACUUAAAAAUCCAUGAGAGACUUCAUUCUGGAGAGAAACCUUACGUCUGCUCUCAAUGUGGAAAAAGCUUCUCUGAUCCAUCUCGUUUUAGAGUUCAUCAGAGACUUCACACAGGAGAAAAACCUUACGUCUGCUCUUACUGUGGUUAUAGGUUCUCUGAACUAUGUAAUUUGAGAGUUCAUCAGAGACUUCACACUGGAAAGAAGAAACUUCAUCACUGCAGUGUUUGUGGGAAGAGUUUUAAUCGGCGUGAAGAUUUAGUGACACACCAGAGAUCUCAUACAGGUGAAAAACCUUUCAAAUGCUCUCAGUGUGAAAAGACAUUUUCUUCGUUGAAUUACUUAAAAGUACACGAUAGACUUCACACUGGAGUUAAACCUUACGUCUGCUCUUACUGUGGAAAAAGCUUCUUUGAUCCAUCUAAUUUCAGAGUUCAUCAGAGAAUUCACACUGGAGCGAAGAAACUUCAUCACUGCAGUGUUUGUGGGAAGAGUUUUAAUCGGCGUCAAAGUUUAGUGAGACACCAGAGAACUCAUACAGGUGAAAAACCUUACAAAUGCUCUCAGUGUGAAAAGACAUUUACUUGGUUGAGUUCCUUAAAAAGCCAUGAGAGACUUCAUUCUUCAUCUUCUCUGAUCAAUCUCAUUUUAUAGUUUAUUAAAGAGUUCACACGGGAGAGAAACUUUACCUGUGCAGUGUUUGUGAGAAGAGUUUUAAAGGAGUCGAAUGACUCGAUUUCAGGUUUUCCUUUGUUUUCAGAAUGUUAAGAUUUCUGUGCAUAUAAAGAAGAUCUAUAAAGUUGCACAAGUUAAAGUUUUUAAACCCAAAAAGAUCUUUUUAAAAGUGAAGCCUCACCAACACCUUUAUAAGCGGCUCAUUCAAACACACCCCUGCAGUUGGACGUCAUACUAAAGUUUGCAUAACACCGCCCUAAUGUAUACGCAAAGAUAGAGGCUGUAACCUUCAUUCACACUGUAGUAUUGUUGUUAGGUCCGGUUCUAGAUAUUUGGAGCCCCCCCACACCCCUCUAAUUUUCAGAAUAAUCCGAGAAGUGUUUUUGUACCCUGUAAGAAAUCAUUUAAGCACUACAGUGAUUAAACAUGUUUUCCCCAUUACUUUUCUGUUUUAUCAAGUCAACAAAUUAAAUGUAUGUAAAAAUUUGAUUAGAAAUUAUGCAUGACUACAUGUGUUAAACAUUUUAAGGCAGGUCAAAGUUGUUGUUGUGGAUCCAGUAAUUUAUUUAAAACACCACCUUUUUGGGAUAACACAGGAAAACAGUUUUGCUUUCUCCAAAGAGUAAGAUUAAAAAGACAACACUAAAAACCCUAACUGUAAAAAAAACUGCA